AUGUUUAAAGUGAGUGAUAAUCAAGUCUUUGAGAAGUCUGCUCAUGUGGGCGGCCGGGCUCGCCUUUUCCACCAUGCUGGUAGCUCCUACGAAGCUGGCGCCUCCAUCAUCCACAUCCAGAAUCGCUACCUCGUGGAGUUUGCGGCAGAGUUUGGGCUUGGGCAGCUGCAGCCGGUGGAGACACGCCUGGGUCUGCACGACGGGCGGGACUUGCUCUUUGAGACCAGCGACAGGCGAGCAGUGACUUUGGCCCGGAUGCUCUGGCGUUAUGGGCUUGGCCCCCUCCGACUCGAUCGCUGGGUGAGUGGCUUCCUCAAGAAGUUCGAGCAGGUGUACCGUCUGCAGAAGGAAGGCAAGGCUUUCAGCACGCCCCGGCGACUUCUGGCAUCCUUGGACAGCCGGUUUUCCCAGAUGCUGGAUGAGACGCUGGAGGAGCGGCUGAACCGGGACGGCUUCGAUCGCCGGCUGAUCCAAGAGCUGGCCAGUGGCAUGGUCCGCGUCAACUACGGCCAAGGCCUCGAAAUCGGCGCCUUCGUUGGGGCCGUGGCGCUCUGCGGCUCCCAGGGCCCACUCUGGGCCGUGGAGGGCGGCAACCAGGCGCUGGCGUCGAAGAUCCUGGAAUCCUCUGGCGCCAUCCUUCGACAGGCUGCCAUUCGGCGAGUGGAAGUCGCCGGGAGUCGCUACCGGCUUCAUGCGGACGUCGUGGGGGAGCCGGAGACUAUGUUUGGUGACUACGACUUGGUGUUCUUGGCCGCGCCACUGCAGGACGGGCAGGCUCUACAGCUCCCCAGCACCGUCUCCCUCCAGCCCUCGCUUUACCAGAGAAUCUACGCGACCUUCUUCGAUGCCCCGCCUGAUGCCAAGGCCCUGGGCAGUUCUGGCCCUGUGCCGGGCAUACUUCUGAGCAGCACCGGCCAGGGAUUCAACAGCAUCGGGCUGCACAAUAGCUCCCGGAGGGGGGAUGGCAAGCUGAUUUGGAAGGUCUUCUCUCCUGCUCCCUUGACGGAGGAGCAGUCGAAGGAGCUCUUCCCCAAUGCCCAGAAGUGCGAAACCUUCGGAUGGUGGGCCUACCCCAAGUACGAGGUGAGGGAUGCCAAGUCCAAGGACACCGACUUUUGCUUGGAUGGGGCCGGCCUCUAUUAUUGCAACGCCAUCGAGGAGACUGCCAGCGCCAUGGAGAUGGCCGUAUUGGGUGCCAAGAACUGUGUUCUGCUGGCAAGCCACCGAUGGAAGGGAACACGCAGCAACAUCGACCCUGCGCCGGCGGCACGGCUUUAG